CGAUUUCUUGUGACAGUUAUAUCUAAAGUUCUACCGGGCCGAUUUUCACGAGUAAAUAUCAAAUUCAUUUAUCAAUUAUUUGUAAUAUGCAGAGUAUGGACCAAUCGUCUGUCAUACAAAUUGAAGACGAUUAUAAUACAUUCAAAACAAAAAACAAAAUGUUUGAUAGACUGUUGAGUUUUGGAUUCAUGAUAAUGGCAUAUUUUUUUUUAGUCGUAAUAUAUAUGCUAAUAGUGAACCGAUCAGCACCGAUAAAGAGAUCUGACAUUGAGGUGCGCCAAGAGCCCCCACUACGUUUAGACAAUCUUUAUGAUUCUGUUUCUUUAUUGAUUUCGUUGUAUACUCAUAAUGGGAUAUUUGCUACUCUCAAAGAUGACAAGGGAUAUGAUUUGGCUCAAUUUUUAACCAUGGGUGCUGAAAAUUGUAUUGCUAUUCGUAAGCAAUUAAAUGAAAAUUUAAUCAAGUUUUUAAGAGAAGGUGAUCCAGCUGACCCUCUAUUAAGUAGACUCAAGAGAGAAAUGGAUGAAAUUAACAGGUUUUUUGACCUGUUGGAGGUUUAUUAUAAAAAACCCAAACUAUAUUAAUUGAGGUGGGUCCUUAAUAAUUGUUUUGCCUCAGAUAUAAAAAAUGUUCGGCACGCCACUGCAUGACUAUAUGAUCAGAGCACGCAUGGAUGGUUUCUUUUGCAUGCCGCACAUUUCCUUCAAACGCGCAUAAUGAUGAUGGUGACCUGGUUUUUGAUUUCUUUCUUCGCUCACACAUCACACACUCGCAAACACAUAAUGUACACUCACACACACACGUCCAUAAAUCACCUCUCUCUCUCUCUUUCUCUAUCUCUGUUUUUGACCAAAGUUGUCCCUAUGUUUCCCAUUGUACCUAUGUUGUAAAUUAAAAUUAUAAUUUUGAACUAUUCUGACAUAAAUAUAUCUAUACAUUUAUAUAAAACUA